CAAAAUUCUGGCACCAUCCGUACCAACAAAGGUAGCGAAUAAUUGACGCCAGUUAUCAUGUCGAACUACACAUUAACACCCAAGUUCUACUCGAAUCCGGGGGUGCCUCCCAAGCCACCGGUGGAAAAGUAUCUUCCGCCGCAGAAGCAGAAUGAAGACCCGAUGCAAAAACUGCGUAGCGCGAAUACGGUCAACAUGUCGGCCGAGCUGUUUGAGAAGCUCUAUCUGCGGGAGGCAAGGCACACAGGACUCAAAGAUAAUCAUCAACAACAAAGAGUCCAACCAAGAAAAUUUGGGGACCCGACCCCAAUAGGAUAUAUCGGUAUCGUCAUUGGCCUCACGCCACUGUCGUGCGAUUUGAUGGGCCUUCUCGGUGCUGGUGGAAGCGCAGCAGGCAUCGACUCAUACUACUUCUUCGGCGGUCUUCUCCAGAUUCUUGCCGGGCUGGGCGAGUGGUUCCUCGGGAACACGUUUCCCUCCAUCUUCUUCACCACCUUUGGCGCCUUCUUCCUCUCCUUCGCGGCGACCCUGACGCCCUCCUUCGCCGCAUUUGCCACAUAUGCCCCGGACGGCGCGCCAUCCUCCGCCGGCAUGGACACGCAGGCCUUCAACGCCGGCUUCGGCUGGUUCACGCUGUGGAUGGGGGUGCUGUCCGUGCUCUUCCUGGUGUGCUCGCUCCGAACCAACGUCGUGCUCGUGGUCCUCUUUGGCGCCCUGGUCGGCACCUUUACGAGCCUGACGGGCGCGUACUUUAUGCUCGCCAGCGCGGCCUCCCGCAACGCCGCCGCCGCCGUCGCCGCCGUCGCGUCGCGCACCUCGGCCGCGACGGGCACCGUCGUGCAGGCCUCCGGGGCGGCGGGGCUGGCGGCGGCCCGGACGGCGAGCAGCUUUGUGCUGGCGGGCGGCGUGUGCGCCUUUGUCGCGAGCAUGGCCGUGUGGUGGCUGCUGCUGGCCGCCAUGCUGGACACGAUGGAGUUCCCCAUCACCAUUCCGCGGGGAGACCUGAGUCGGUGGAUCAAGCCGAGGCAGGUGGGCAGGGACGAGCCGAGGGUGUAUGUUUAG